GGGCUGCGCUCGCGGCCGGCGAGAGGGCGGGGCAGCAGCGGGGGUAAAGCCGGCCCUUCCUCCUCCUCCCGCCUUCCCCAUGCUGUCCCUGUGCGCGGCUCGCAGAGUGAAGCUGCAGCUGUCUAUUUAAACUCCACAACAAUUAAAGACAUUUUCAAGUCCAUUGGGCCACGGCUUAUGUUGAGAAUGACAUUAGGAGCAGAAAUUACUAGCCAGCUCAAGGCUUCUUCAUACAUAGCAUCAGGCCGAAACCUUUUGAGAUGGGACCUGUCACCAGAACAAAUUAGAACAAGAACAGAAGAACUAAUCAGGAAGACAAAGGAUGUGUAUGACAGUGUCGGGAUGCUUGAUAUUGGAGAAGUAACACAUGAAAAUACUGUCCGUGCCUUGGCAAAUAUAGAAGUGGAAUAUGCAGUGGAAAGAAGCAUGUUGGAUUUUCCCCAGCAUGUCUCACCUGACAAAGAGGUACGCUUAGCAAGUACAGAAGCUGAUAAAAAGCUCUCUAAUUUUGAUGUGGAGAUGAGCAUGAGAGAAGAUGUGUUCCAGAAGAUUGUUUAUUUGCAGCAAGUCUGCAAUCUUGAAAAUGUGAAGCCUGAAACAAAGCGAUAUCUAGAGAAAUCGGUUCAAGUGGGAAAAAGAAAUGGACUCCAUCUUCCUAAAGAAGUGCAAAAUGUUUUGUAUUUGGUGUGUAUUCUUCUACUGGAAAUAAAGACAAUGAAGAAAAUAUUGAGUGAGCUGUGUAUAGACUUUAACAAAAACCUGAAUGAGGAAAACACGUUUCUUGUAUUUUCUAAGGAAGAACUUGAAGGCCUUCCUGAUGACUUUAUUAAGAGUUUAGAGAAGACUGAUGGAGACAAAUAUAAAAUUACUUUAAAAUAUCCCCACUAUUUUCCUGUCAUGAAGAAGUGCUGCAUUUCAGAAACCAGGAGAAAAAUGGAAUCUGCCUUUAAUUCGAGAUGCAAAGAGGAGAACACAAAAAUUCUUCAGCAAUUGCUUCCACUAAGGGCAAAAGUAGCAGAGCUUCUUGGUUACAAUACACAUGCCAACUUUGUUCUGGAGGUAAACACUGCAAAGAGCACAGAUAACGUAACAGCCUUCUUAGAUGAUUUGAGUAACAAGCUAAAGCCAUUGGUUGAGGAAGAAAGGAAAUUCAUUCUAGAUUUGAAGAAAAAGGAGUGUAAAGAAAGAAACUUUGACUAUGAUGGAAGAAUCAAUGCAUGGGAUCUUCAUUAUUACAUGAACAAAACAGAAGAGCUGAAGUACUCCAUAGAUCAAGAAAAACUAAAGGAAUAUUUCCCAAUUGAGGCUGUUACAGAAGGCUUACUGAAUAUUUACCAGAAGCUGCUGGGACUUGUAUUUGAGAAAGUAGAAAGUGCUCAUGUUUGGCAUGACAGCGUUACUCUUUAUACAGUAAAGGAUAAUUCAACAGGAGAAAUGUUAGGGCAGUUCUAUUUGGACCUUUACCCAAGAGAGGGAAAAUACGGGCAUGCAGCAUGUUUUGGUCUCCAGCCUGGCUGUCUUCUCUCUGAUGGCAGCAGAAUGAUGUCUGUAGCUGCUCUGGUAACCAACUUCACAAAACCAGCAUCAGGUCGCCCAUCAUUGCUGCAACAUGAUGAAGUAAAGACUUACUUCCAUGAAUUUGGUCAUGUAAUGCAUCAGAUAUGUGCACAGACUGAUUUUGCUAGGUUUAGUGGAACUAAUGUGGAAACAGACUUUGUAGAAGUACCUUCACAAAUGUUUGAGAACUGGGUGUGGGAAAAAGAACCACUACAGCAAAUGUCAAGACAUUAUAAAGAUGAGAGCCGUGUUGCAGACACUCUCCUUGAGAAACUUGCUGCCUCUAGACUGGCUAAUACAGGCCUUUUAACCCUCCGUCAGAUUGUUUUGAGCAAAGUUGACCAGGCACUGCAUACAAAGCCAUCUGUUGACCCAGCAGAUGAAUACGCUAAACACUGCACAGAGAUUCUAGGAAUUCCUGCCACCCCAGGAACAAACAUGCCAGCUACUUUUGGACAUCUGGCAGGUGGUUAUGAUGGUCAAUACUAUGGGUACUUGUGGAGUGAGGUGUUUUCCAUGGACAUUUUUUAUAGCUGCUUUAAACAAGAAGGAAUAAUGAAUCCAAAGGCUGGUAUGAAAUACAGAAACCUCAUUUUGAAACCUGGAGGAUCUUUGGAUGGGAUGGAUAUGCUACAAAAUUUCUUGGAGCGUAAACCAAGCCAGAGAGCUUUCUUAUUGAGUAAGGGAUUAUGUGUUCAGUAAAAUUAUGGUUCCUUUGUAAUGGCAUAUAAGUAUGGAAUGAACUGGAAAUGUCAGUGUAUUUCACAUCUUAACUAUGUAGCACUUCUAGGGAAAUUGGGUCAAUUUUUGAUGAUUUUUUAAAAUUGUAUAAAUAAAAAUGUAACUUUUAAAAAUUGCAUAGGACUACAAAAUUCAACACAUCAGGGAAAAAAAUUCUGAGAUGUGCAGAAGGUGAGGAAUUUCGAUGGUGACUUUUUUGAAUUGUUAUGAAAUAGUACUAAUCAGUAUGGGGAGUUGAUGCUAUGUUUCUCUUAAUAAAUUCACUUAAACUA